AACAGAGGUGCAGCAGGAUUUAAAAACAAAAGACGAAUGUUACAGAGAAACAGUGAUCAGAAAGGAAAACUAGGCAUCCUUGUCAGAAGCCUGAAGGUUACCCAGCCAACCACAGACUACUGUGUUCCUAUUUCUCCUGUCUCAACGGCCUUGGCUCACUUUGUUGCCCAAGAGUCUGUGCUUGUCUUCUGAAAGCCAUGUGGCUCUACCUGGUGGCUCUAGUGGGCCUGUGGACCCUCCUGCGCUGGUACCGUGAGAGGCAGGUGGUGAGCCAUCUCCAAGACAAGUAUGUCUUCAUCACGGGCUGUGACUCGGGCUUUGGGAACCUGCUGGCCAGACAGCUGGACAGGAGAGGCAUGAGGGUGCUGGCUGCAUGUCUGACGGAGAAGGGAGCCGAGGAGCUGAGGAGCAAGACAUCAGACAGGCUAGAGACAGUGAUCCUUGAUGUCACCAAGACAGAGAGUAUUGUGGCAGCCACUCAGUGGAUGAAGGAACGAGUUGGGAACAGAGGACUCUGGGGCCUGGUCAACAAUGCUGGCAUCUCCAUUCCCUUGGGUCGCAAUGAGUGGCUGAACAAGAAAGACUUUGCAAAAGUCCUGGAUGUGAACCUGUUGGGCCUGAUCGAGGUGACUCUGAACAUGCUGCCCUCAGUGAGGGAGGCUGGGGGCCGUGUGGUCAAUGUCUCCAGUGUCUUGGGUCGAGUGUCUUUAUCUGGUGGUGGUUACUGCAUCUCCAAGUAUGGUGUAGAGGCCUUCUCAGACUCCCUCAGGAGGGAGCUCUCCUAUUUUGGGGUGAAGGUGGCUAUUAUAGAGCCUGGAGGCUUCAAGACUGGUGUGACCAGUAAUGACACGCUAUUGCCAAGUGUCAAGAUGCUGUGGGACCAGGCCAGCUCAGAGGUCAAAGAGAUCUAUGGCGAGAAGUUUUUGUUAUCCUAUCUGACAAAUCUAAACUUAUUGGACCAGAUCUGCAGUGAGGACCUCUCCUUGGUGACGGACUGCAUGGAGCACGCCCUGACUUCCUGUCACCCUCGCACUCGAUACUCAGCUGGCUGGGAUGCCAAGCUCUUCUACCUUCCCCUGAGCUACCUGCCCAACUUCCUAACAGAUCCCAUCUUCUACUGGAUGUCCGUGAAGCCUGCCAAAGCUCUGUGAAGCCUCCACAUGUUUCUGUAGUGAAUGUCAGGUCAUGGAUCCUCAGGAGAAGGAAGGUUCCUGGGCUCAGUACAACCUUGCCAUUGAGGGACAUCCAUAGGUGCCUGAUUUUCUCCCCUCGGUGUGAACAUGGGGGACAUCGAGUGACAGGAGGAACUGCUGUGUCUAAACAAUGAUUCCCAACAUGGUUGAAAAUAGAAAGUGA